GCAGCGCCUGCCCGCCCGCCCGCCCGGAGGUGCGCUGAAGCGGCCGCGGGGCGCGAAGAUGCCAGUGGCGGUGAUGGCGGCGGCGAGCGGCGCCUUCAGCUACCGGAAGCUGCUGGAGCAGUGCGAGACCCAGGAGCUGGAGGCUCCUGGAGGAAUAGCAACACCACCUGUUUAUGCCCAACUCCUAGCUUUAUAUCUUUUGCAUAAUGACAUGAAUAAUGCACGGUACCUAUGGAAAAGAAUCCCUCCUGCUCUCAAGUCUGCGAAUCCUGAACUUGGUGCAAUUUGGUCAGUAGGGCAGAGAAUCUGGCAAAGAGAUUUCCCUGGAAUUUAUACAACAAUUGGUGCACACCAGUGGUCUGAGUCGAUUCAGCCAAUCAUGGAAGCACUUAGAGAUGCAACCAGGCGGCGAGCUUUUGGACUGGUGUCUCAAGCAUAUACCUCAAUAAGUGCAGAUGACUUUGCAGCCUUUGUUGGGCUUCCACUAGAGGAAGCAGUGAAAGGAGUUCUUGAUCAGGGAUGGCAAGCGGAUUCCUCAACUCGCAUGGUUCUGCCUAAAAAGCCGGGUCCCCAGGAGCCUUCAUUUAACAGAUUCCAUCCAUUAUCAGAACCGGCUCCAGUCCCACCAAUUCCUAAUGAACAGCAGUUGGCCCGGUUAACUGACUAUGUGGCUUUCCUUGAAAACUGAUAACUCCACUCACUCAUUCAUGACAUCCUGUGUACUUCUAGACCCUUUGAUAUCUUCUUGAAUGUUACGCUGUAUUUACUAUUAUGGAAUAUGCUGGUAAAACAGUUUUUGGUUUUCAUCUUUAUGUGUGUUUAGUUUGAACAGGGUUUUGUUUCAAUUUAAUCUCCAUAGUUAUCAACCAGUUGGCACAGCAGUAUUAUCAAAUAGAUUUGCAACUCUUUUUGCAUUUUUGUGAGGGAAGCAGCACCUCUCCAGCUGUCAUCUGCUCUAAAUGCAGGGAUGCAGAGAAGUGUUCAACAUUGCCACGAAUGGCUGGAAAACCAGGCACCGAAAGGACUAUAUGUAGACAUGGGAAUGAGAUUCAGUCUGUUCCUAAGAUCCGCCUUUGCAGUGUCUUUGCAUACAAAGAGUCUUAUUGCCGUGUAGUACAUAUUCUUGCCUUGUUCAUUUAUAAUGUGGUUCUACAGUUGGCUUCUCUAUUUUUAAUUACCUAAUGAAGGCUCUUUAAGGCAAACUCUGAGUACUGAAUGCAAUAAUACUUGUUCUCUUUUAAAAACAAGCUAACAAGGUCACAUUUCAAAGAACAUUAUAUUUAAGCACCCAUUACGUCUUUUGGGGAGACAUAGAUACUUUUUGCAUUUCGUGGGUAAGGGAAUAUGGUUUUCAGGAAGCUUCAUUGCUAAGAGUCGCUGCAUCAUAGUCUCAUCAGUGUUUAGGUUUGUGAUGUUUUGAGAAGCGUUGGAUAUCUGUGCUGAAAUGUGAGGCCUACAUUUAUAUAUGUAUUUAAGUCAACAGUUUCUGAUUGCCUGUCCUUCUGGCAUUUUAGAAGAUGUUUUGCCAUCACUGUAAAACAGCCUUGUCAUUGAUUACAAAAGAGUGAAAAUAAUGCUGCAAAUACCAACUUUCGUGGACUUAGCUUGCAGCCUUCCUGGUGUUGCUGCCCUUCGUUGCCAAUGUACAAAGGAAACCAGUUGCCAUCCCCUUGGCUCUAUGCCUCUUGCAUUUAAAAGGCCAGCUUCCUCGCGUUAUUUUUCUCCUUCCGUUCUCACCAUUACAGCCAUUGUUUAAAGGCUUUUGCCUCUCAAAAUGGGUAGUGUUUGCCCUCUGUAGUGACACUUUCCUCCCAGUGCACUACUACUGUACGUGCUUAUGAUUUUUUGGAUGUGUUUGAGUGCAAGAGGGUCCUAAUAUGUGCACAGUUAUUUCAAGAGCCCCUUUGUGAGUGCAGCCAUUGAUCUCAAUUUAUUUAUUUGAAAAUCUUUUUAAGCAUCAGCUCUCUAAGUAAUAGAAGCUUACUUUUGGUAAUAAUAAAACAUGUUUACACCA